AUGAUCAGAAAAAUAAUUAUAUGGUUUAAAAACCUCAGAAUGAGUAACUAGAUAAUAAUACUUAACUUUAUUAUUAUCUUAUUUGCUGUCUUUGCAACAAUAGCAACAGCAUAUAUAUAAUAAGCAAUAUUUUUUACAUACAUUUAGGAAUUUGAAUAAACAUUAUCAUUGAAAUAGGAAAAAAACAUUGUAAAUAACAUCUCUAAAAAACUACGUAUUUACAUUCAGUAGAAAAAUUACUAAAGUAAAGAUUAACCCAAUAAUUUAUAGCAAUUUUAAAUUUAUGGCAUUCUCAAUAAAUGGUUUAUUAAUUUAUUCAAUUCUAAUCAGAUUACUAGAUCAAUGUUAAUUAAUUUUAAGAUUGUAUUGA